GUUAUUUACGGUAACGUAGCUUCACGACUGGCUACGUCAUUCUGAAGUAUCCAGAACACUUUACGACACUGUUGACAACUGCGGCUGGCUGCCGUUGGCGUAUGUUCUCAGUUAUGGUUUAGUUUUGUAUAAAGAAAAAAAAAAAGCUACAGAAUUAUUAGCAUAAAAAAGCCAGCAAUAAAUGAGUGUUCUUGAUUUAUUUCGCGGGUUUUUCGGAGUACCUGGAGGCCAUCAUCGUGGCCGAAGGGACCCCUUCUUCGAUGCCAUGACUCAUGAUGACGACGAGGACGAGGAUGAGGAUGAGGAUGAGGAUGGAUUCUACUAUGAUGGGUACCAGGGGGACCAGCAGGACCCCUUUGACAGUGCCUGGAGGUUUGGCUUCAGCUUUGGCCCAGACGGGAUGAGGAUCCGGGAGCCUCCCGUGUUCGGCCACGUCCUCAGGGAGAUCGAGGAGAUAUUUUCCCAGAUGGGCCGCUGGGACGGACAGCCAGAGUCUGGACACUUUGGUGUUCCCAGUAUCAUGCCGCCACCAUCUCAGGACAGAGCGGAGAGGGGAGGAGGGGGAUCCAGUGGGAACCCCCUGAGAGACUUUAUGUUGAAAACCCCUGACAGCACUGCACGAGGGCCUCAGGCAGGGCCGUCUAGAGAGCCCAGAUACGAUGGCCACCCUUUUUCCAAGUUCAGUGAUAUUUGGAGACAGGGGCCACAGAAAGUUCCAGAGGAGGAGCACAAAGAAGACAGAGAUCUGGACUCUGCAGUUUCCGCUGGGGGCCUGGAGCAGAUUUUGACGCCACCUGCUGGUCAGGCACCGGGUCAGCCAAGGGUCCGGUCAUUCUUCCAGUCAGUCACUGUCACCAAGGUGGUGAAACCCGAUGGGACUGUAGAGGAGAGGCGAACAGUUAGAGACGGCCAAGGCAAUGAGGAAACCACAGUGACCCGCUCCGGAGGUCCCGGGAGCCCGGAAGGACCAGACCAUCGAACUGGACCUGCUCUACCACGUGUUCAACGCCCCUUUUCAGACAUGCGGGAUGAUGACUCAUUAUUCUCCAAGUUCUUUGGAGGGUUUAAAUAACAUGUAAAAUGAACUACACUCUCUGGACUGAGUGACCGUAGCUUUUGUUCCCUGAAAACAUUUAAGUGUAUCCGUGUUUCUGUAGAGCUGUGAGUUGGCAUAUUUAUAGGACAUAUCUACAUAUGGACAGAAAACUUGCAUGACCUUCAGCUGCCAAAAUGAAUGUUUUGGAUUUGGGUCACUGGCCUGUUUGUUGCACUGGGUUGCCACCUGACCUCGUAGACUAGAAGCUGCCAGUACCAAAGACACACAUCAGGCUCUGAACAAUUCAAAUUUACAUAUUUUAUUUUUGUAAUGUCCCGUAGACAGGCCUGUAUGGAUGUGAGUGUGUGAUGAAUCAAAUAAAGAGUCUUAAUAUAAUUA